AUGAUGAAACCGUCGGGUUUGAACUGCGAACGUGAGAACCAUGACCAAACGCAACUCGUGACAAUCUAUGAGGAGUGGGCAGUUGUCAUUGCAUUAUUGACAGUAGGCAGUAGUCAAACAGUUGUCAGCAUACCGCCAGAUCAGUUGCUACAACCCGAGAAGGCAGGCACGGGAGUCUCAAUCUCGAGAGACAAGGGAUUGGAUGAGUCGCCGUCUUGGCCAGGGCAUCCACGACCUGUUCCAAGCUCAAUUUACGCCUCUAUUUGUCGUGCUGCGCCCUAUCUGCCACAGCUUGUAAUCCCAGUUCCGUUCCUUGUCCUAGCAGGCUUGGUAACCGGAUUGGCCUACCAGCCCAUUUCUUCGUACGGUGAUGGAGUGCUCGAGGGUAUAGCGCUGGCCUCCACCUUUUGGCCUUUUGGUUUCUCCGCUGUCCUUGAUGCUUCAAUUCGAACCAUCGCAUUGUUCAAAGCAGAGCGUGGGACCAAGCUUAGUACCCUUGAAGUGUUGUUGAGCAGCCAAGCAUUGGUCAGCGCCCUCAAAAGCCCGUUUGUCGUUCGCAUCUUCACUUUUUGGACUCUCAUCCUCGGAUUUAUAUGGGUGAUUAGCCCAGCCGGUGGUCAGGCAGCCUAUCAAACGGUCCGUCAGACGUCCCUCAUCGAAACCAAGAUUCACGACUUGAUGUACAGCCCUGCAGCGGACAUCGGAUUACCUUUCAACAGGAUACUCUGGGCAAGCAGUUCCAAUUUCGGGACCCAGCUUGGGAGGAUAUAUGCCAUGUUUAGGGCUGCAAUUUCUGCAUCCAACGCUAUUGCUCAGGCUUCCAACGGAUCGAGCCCGACCUUUGAUGCUGCGAUACGAGGGCUUGGGGGUGCGGAUACGGCUAUUGCGGCUGCGAGAAUGGACCUCUGGCAGAACGUUCGAAUGCCUGAAAUCACUGACUUACCGGGCUACAACCCAAAAGAUCCCUACCGCUGGCUCCACGUUCCGACCGAUCGUCUAGUAACGUACGAGUCUCUAGUCGGGGUCCCUGUCCGAGGCAUCCCACAAGAAACUCCAGGUAACAUCAGCUUUCAGCUUUCGACGACUUAUGCAACACUGGAGUGCUCUCCUUGGUUCAACACAACGGCAUGGCGUGAGAAAACCCCGGAGGCAUUGCUUAUUCAUAGGGCAGUCAACAGCAGCAUAACAAACGAAAAAAGGAUGGGCAGCAAUAUCAAUGGCUUUCAACAGAUCUACAUGGACACGCCAUCUCCCCUCACCGGCUUCAACUUUUCAACCAAAAACCACACAAGCCAAGGGCCCAUUACGCAAGGUGCUUUGGUUUUUGGAACCAGGGGAAAUUCAACUAUCUGUGACAUUGGCCACAUCUAUGUUGAUGUUGAAAUCCAGUGCCAGAGAGAACAGCGUCUGGGCCAAAUGGUGUGCAGAUCCGACAAGAUCCGACAUUCGCCAGCUCAACCAGCGCCCUUUCCUGACAACCAAAUGAUAACCAAGGUCAACCAAACUGAUCCAGGAGCCCCAGCUGCAGGAUAUUUUGUUGCAUUUCUGCCCUGGAUCACAAGCUCCUAUCAUUCUGGCAACAGUUCUCCGCUCGAGAACUAUCUAGCCGACCCAGCACGUGGCAUCGAAGGGGACGCUGUGGCGCUCACCGAUGAAUAUACGCGUUUGCCGCUUAAGAUCUUCGCUCAACGUCUAGCGAUGGCUAUGAACACUGCGCUACGCAUCUCUUACGAUAUGCCUUCUAUCCUAGCCUUCACCGAUCUCAACAUCACUGAGUCUACUGCUCUUACCGGCAUGGAGCCCAAGUACGGCAGCACAACAGGAAGUUUUACCACAAGCACAGCGGUAUACCGGGUCCAGUAUAAAUGGAUGGGGCUUUACAUCGCCUCACUCGUCGUGAUGAGCGUAUGUGCAGUUGCCAACAUCGUUCUUAGACUUAUAAUUCGCGCCCCAGACUUUCUCACAAACGUCGCCGCCUUGACUCGCGACUCUCCGUAUAUCAAUGUCCCUUCAGGGGGAAGUACAUUGGAUGGCGAGGAAAGAUCGCGUUUACUCAGGAACCGGCGGCUUAAGAUUUUCGAUGUGCACCCUGAGAGGGAUGUUGGGCAUAUUGCAUUUGCUGAUGACAUGGGUCAAACGACAACCAAGAGGUUCGGAGUGGUGGACAGAGUGUAUACUUAA